UUCCCUCCCUAUUUGCUGCCCAUAAAUGAGGAGGUAGAGCUGUCGGAGAGCAGAGGCCAGGCCAGCUCAGAAUCUGCCAGCUCUCGCUGAAGCCAGCUCUCCCUUUCUCCACCAUGAAGGUCUCUGCCAUGCUUUUGUGCCUGCUUCUCACAGCUGCUGCUUUCAGCAUCCACACACAGGCCCAUCCAGGUGGGAUCAGCUCACCCACAUGCUGCUAUGUCAAGAAACCAAAGAUCCCCAAGAAGUAUCUCGAGAGUUACAAAAGGAUCACCAGUAGUCACUGCCCCUGGGAAGCUGUGAUCUUUAAGACCAAGAGGGGUGUGGAAAUCUGUACUGAAGCCCAUCAGCAGUGGGUCCAGGAUGCCAUGAAGUACUUGGACAUGAAAACCCAAACUCCAAAACCUUGAAGGCUCAUGCCCGAACAGGAACCAACCUAGGAGACAAGAAACAAAAAAUCUGAACCCUUGUCUUUUCUGAGAACUGUGGUGAGAUGGGCUGAUUCUGUUUCUAAGGGAUAGAAGCUGUCUGAAGGAAUGUGAAGCAACCAUACUUAAGGAAUUAUCUCUAAGUUAUUAAUUUUUUAUUUAAUUUGCUAUGCACUUUAGUGUGAUUUGAAUGUAAAGCCCUGAACACUUUCCGUCACUUUAACAUUUUAUCUGCAGAAUACUUUUCCCCAUUUACUUUGCUCCAGUAUUGUGAAGGAACUUUGCAAGAAUCAGCACAAAGAUAUUAUUCCAAAAUGUUUAGGAUAAAAUAAUAAUGUUAUGAUACUGUGGAAUUGUUAUAUGUAUGACUAUUGAAUUUUCAUAUAAAUAUAUUUUUUACAUAAAA